UUUACUAUUUCAGAGAGAAAACUUUUUUAGGGAUAAUUUGUAACUUAAACGUGAAGCAAAUCAAGUUUGAUUUGGCCUAAGACAUCAACAGAAAAUUAGUCGGGUUUGAGAAAAAAGGAUUGUGAGCGAAGUGUGCGGGAUAAAUACCAUUGAUUUUAUCCUUGAGAGUUUCAAACAUACUCGAAUAACCAUUUUAUCUAGUGCUUUAGUGAGAAUGGAAAGUUUCUUUUCUAAUCAAUUGCAAAAACAUAAACAAUCAACUGAUUACGAUAUAUUUUCUUGCACAAAAAAAGUUCGUUUUUGUCCGGAUAACAGCUGUAAAUUGAUUACGUAACGGUGUUGAAGAGCCAAGUUUCCGGCGCAUAGACAUGCUAUGCAUCUAAGGUAAAAAACUUUAUCUCCAGUGGAAUGGGGAAAAGGGACAAGAGUCUAACCAGGAUGGGGAAGGUCUCGGAGGGUGUUCGACUUCCGGAGCUGAUCACACAUCUUGACAGGUUCAUUAUUACAUCGGAAAAGAAAUGUGUCCACGAAAGUCUCAAGAAAUUUGACGAGGAAUUAAAAGGAGAAGUUAAAGCGGAUAUUAGUUCUGAACGAAUAGUUGCAAAUUUUGCUGAUAGAUUGUGCAAUCAAACUCUCACUAACGACGAACUUCGUACAGUGUUAAAGCUAUACCAAUAUCAUCUGCACGAGAUUCAUGUUCUCGACGAUUUAUCCACAAAUGACGCGUGUGAGGAUAUUGAAAUCAAUAAUGGAAGCCGGUCGAAAGAUGUUCGUCUGCCGAAAAUAGCGAAACGACAUUUGCCUCUGCGACCGACAACUCUCUUAGACCGUGUUAUUGACAAACACAAAAUGAAGGAGGAAAUAAUCAUACCAACUAUGGUGCUGAAGGACUCGAGUUCGAGUCAGAAUUCUCAUCGUACAGUAGAAACAAGUGCACAGUCUCGCGAAAAAGGACACCGUGAAAAACAUUCCAGGAAGGAAAAGCUACCACAUUUUAAUUACGAGCAUGGUGAAGGAAUGGGUGCGCGGCGAAAUCUUCCCGGGCAACCCGAACUUAUUCGUAUGCUAACGGAUCCUGAAUUGAGUCUUAGCGGAAACAACGGGGAUAAAAAAUCUCUUCCGGUCACCGAAUUUAAUAGGUCGAACUCGCUUUUAUCGUUAUACGGCGGGACUUUGAGUCCUCCACUACUCGACAAGCAGAAACAAAGAAGACCGCGAAAACGAAAAAUCGUCUGCAAGUUCUGCAGACGAUCACCGGGUGAUCAUCAGAAGUGGUGUAUUUAUUAUAAUUUUGGAAGUAUUACUGAAGAAGCGCCAGUAGAAUUGUCAAGGUCUCACACACAAAAUGAAAUAGACGUUUCCAAGAAUAUUAAAUCGAAAGAAAAUUUACAGGAUCAGGAGAGAUCGAAAACGUCAAUGGACGACUACAUGAGAAGACCGGAAUUACCGGACUUUAAACCUCUCCAUAGAGAUGUCUACAUCCGGGCGUUGGCUGAUUCACGUGCGCGUCUAAUUUUCCACAGAUCGCAUGAUUUCGUUAAUCAGUUGACAAAACCUUUCGUGUUUUCGUAUUUUAGCAGAUUAAAUGGUCCAAAAUGCAAAAGAGAUGGAAUACACGGAAUGACUCGCAUAUUUGGUAAAGAUAAAACUGAUUUUACAGAAUAUUACAAGUUAUUUGCCGAUGAAAUUAGGCAAGGAAAUGCAUAAUUAGCUCUUGUAGAAAAAUGUUUGGAAAUUGGUGCAGAUGUUCUCAUCUUAUACAUAUAACGUUUAAUUUUAAUUGAUCAAUGGCCGACCAGGAUUAAUUACCAUGUUGUUUUUUUUCAGUUAUAAACCUCAAUUAUACCACGUUGAUAUAUUUUUUUUCCGAAAGUAGAUAUUUUUGAGUAUGAUGAAAGGGAAAUAACUUUCAUGUACAGACUAAAUCAGACUAAAUCUGCAAUUUUCAUGUAAUUUAGCUGUUUUUAAUGCUUUCGAGGGAACACGUUUCAAGAUAUUUACAUGGUUUGUUAAAAUUAGAAACAUGGUUAAUUUUUCAAUGUGAGAACACAAUAAAUGAAACAAAAAAGAAGGAUUUCUUAGAUUUUUUGUAGAACACAUAUAAAUUGUAUCUCAUAUAUUGUAUAUGCAAACUGAUUUCAUAAUUUUUCUGUAAAUCACUCGUAUCAACAGCUCUAUUUUUUA